AUGGCGCGCAAGGCGCUGGCGAGCGAUGCCAAGAUCGUUGUGGCGUCGGCUUGCGAACUCGAAGCGCACUUUGCUGAGCUGCAGGCGGAUCUGCACCUGGCCGAGACGGAGCAUACGUGGUACAAGAUCGAGCAGUCGUUGCUGUACAUCCAAGCCAUCACGCGCGGUGGCGCCACCAAGUUGGCCGACUUUGUCGCGCUGAUCAAAGAAGCGGCGGGACCGAUCAACGGCGCCUUGCUGAGCGAGCGCACCAAGCUCUCCGGUACAGCAGCGGAUCUGCUCAACUCGAUUGCACCUCGACUUGGCGAGCGAUUCGAACCGCUAGUAGGCGUGUUUGUACCGACGCUGCUGCAGAUCUGCGCGCGCACGAACAAGGUGGCGGUCAAGAGGGCGGAAAAGUCGCUGCAUUUCAUCGUCAAGCACUGCAGACCCGUCGGCGUAGUGCCGCUGCUGCGAGAGGCGGUGAGGGAUAAAGGCCAAGGACUGCGUGCGGUCGCAGCAGGCACGUUGGUGGCGGUGCUCGAGUGCACAGACAGGGAUAGGUUGGCGAGGAGGGUGGCGGAUGUAGAGGCGGCGAUAAGAAGCGGUGCGACCGAUUCGAAUGCAGAGGUGAGGCAGAUCAGCAAGAGGCUCUUCGAGCAGUAUGUCGCCGUGUGGCCGGAAAGGGUCGAGGCGUUUACGAAGCCAAUGACCCCGACCAUUCGCAGGUACCUUGCGUUGCCAAAGACCGGUGCACUGGUCGUAGACGUCCCCACACCACAAUCCAAGGUGCAACAAGCCGUUAGGGAGACACAACCAGCGCCGACGACGACGACGGCGACGACGACGACGCAGCCAACACCGCAGUACAGCUUUUUCCCGGACCUCCAUCGUGCUCCUGCCGCCUCGACAUCGCGAGGCUUUGGUGUCAACGAUGCGACGUAUGCAAAACGCGGGCUGUUUGCGGAUCAGAUUGCGGCGGCACGUAAUGCGCGAUUGGCCCGCAUGCCCUCGUUCAACUUUGACGACAAGCCGGUCGAGACCGCGGCGACGACGGCGAUCAAGCGGCAGCCGAGCUUUGAGCAGCGGCGCGGCGACAUCAACUCGCACACGCCUGGAUUUGCAACGGGCGGACAUGGCAAGAGUGUGCUGCUCGCAGCGUACAAGCAGGCGUUUGUCGACCAGCACUCUGCUCCCUCCCGCGAAAAGUCGCGCGAUAAGGAGCAGCGCAAGCACGUCGAGCGGAAGCGCGACAAGACAGCCGUGCGGUUCGAGCGCGAGACGCUCGAUGCCCCCCGCGCCGCAGAGGAGGAGAUGCGCAGGUCCAAGUCCGCGCCGCUUAUCCCCGCCACCGAGGCGGAGCUGGGUGAUGAGCCGUCGACGCCCACGGAGAGUGGAGAGGAUCGGCCGAGUACGCCGCCGCAGCGGGUGGUGCAGACCCCACGCACGGCGGUCAAGGCGAGCAGGGUGCCUGCGCAGCGCGUCGUCGCCUCGGCGGUCAAAGUGUCCGCAGCGAGGGUGGUGGUCCCCACGCCGUCGGCCAAGGUCGCAGCCACCAGGGUGGUCGAGUCGGCAUCGGUCGAGGCGAGCCCUGUGCCCAAGCCGAGGCAGGCAAAGACGCCAGAGCAAGCCAUCCAGCCCGCUGCAGCCAUGCCCAGCAAGGACAGCCACCCCAAGGCACCGGUCAAGAAGGCCGUUUCGGUGCCAAGCACGGAUCCUCGCGAGGCGGUCAAAGCGGCAAAGUCGACCGAGGUGGGCAAAGUCGCCUCCAAAGUGGUCGCUCGUCCAGCAGUGAAAAAGGCGGUACCAACCAAGCCGGCUGCACCAGCCAAGCCCGCCAUCACCACUGCAACUGCACCAGCCAAACCCACCACCACCAUUGCACCCGCAAAGACCGUCCGACCGGCUGCGGUCAAGCCUCCAGCCGCCGCCCCAAACAGUGCUACGAUGGCACGCGCCAAGCUUGCUGCCACCAACCGGCUCGCCUCCGCCACCACCGCGUCGAAAAAGCCCGAGGGUGGUGGGGUUCGGGUAUCGACAGCAACAGCAUCGACCGCCUCGACGCGCAACAAGAUCGUCCCCUCUGCGGCGGUGAAGAAGUUCACGCCCAAGGCCACUCCCACGGUGGGAGGGGCGGGGAUGAGACGUGCAAAGAGCUCGAUUGCCGAAUCGAUCGCGGCCAAGAGCAAGAUCGUGGGUGCACAGCAAAAGGCGAGCGACAAGGCGGUGGCGGUGCGAAAGGCGAGGGUGAGUGCAGCGCUCAAGAUGCAGAGAAGAGCGUCCGCGGUUGCAGCCACCAAGGUCUCCACCGCUGCACCCACCCCAGUUCCGAAGGAGGAGAAGGCGGUGGUGGGUACACCGGUGCAGUCGCCCAGCAAGACGGCUGCACCGGGUGGCGGCAUGCGCACUCCACUCGGCGCCAAAGAUCCCAACGUCCCCUCGACUCGUUCCUCGCCGCUCAAGUCGCCGCUGCGACCGACUCCACGCUCCACCACCGCCCCUCGUGUGCUCGACGUCAACGUUCUCGACAGUCAAAGCGAGCGACCAACACCGCUCAAGCCCGCGCCUCGUGUGCUCGACGUCGACAUCUCCAACGGCGAAAGCGAAAGCGAAAGCGACAGCGAGAGUGAUGGGGAGGAGGUGGUGCAGCUCACGUUGGGCUCGAAACAGCUCGUGCUAGGUCCGGGCUCGGCGAGCAGCGACGCCUCGUUCGGCGCAAGCCCAGACGACGAGACUGUAGUGCUCGAGGCGGUACCCGCUUUGUGA